AUGCAAAAUGCAGUACUUGUAGCUGUAAACAAUUCAGUACAACAAAAUGAACAUAAACGUCAAAGAAAACGAAGAAUAACUGUGCCGAGAAAUCGUGAAGUAGCUCACGACAAUUUAGUUUCAGAUUAUUUUAGUGACCAACCAUUAUACGAUGAAACCACAUUUCGAAGGUUUCGUAUGCGAAGACCCCUUUUCCUUCGCAUUGUCAACACAUUAAGUGCAACUAAUCAUUACUUCCAACAACACCCAGAUGCUACCAUGCGUCUUGAUGAGUAUCUGAAGCUCGGUGAAAGCACUUCUAGAGAAUGUCUUGCACAGUUUGUCGACGGAGUAAUUGCUCAAUUUGCAAUUGAGUACCUUCGCAAGCCAACAUUGGAAAAUAUCCAACGCCUCCUUAGAGAAGAGGAGGAUAGAGGUUUCCCUGGCAUGUUGGGCAGCAUUGAUUGCAUGCAUCGGGUCUGGAAAAAUUGUCCAGCUGGGUGGAAAGGAAUGUAUCAAGGAAGAUCUAAAACAAUGACUGUUAUUUUAGAAGCGAUUGCUUCCAGGGAUUUAUGGAUUUGCCACGCCUUCUUUGGGACGCUUGGAUCAUGCAACGACAUUAAUGUACUUCAGCGUUCUCCGACAUUCAUAGACGCUAUUGCAGUCCCACAAACCUUAAAGGAUAAAUUGUUCACUACAAGUCAAGAGAGUGCUAGAAAGGAUGUUGAGCGUGCAUUUGGUGUGUUACAAGCUCGGUUUGCAAUAAUUAGGAAGCCUGCUUUGGCAUGGAGUGUAGAGUUGAUGUGGAAAAUCAUGAUGACUUGCAUCAUCAUCCACAACAUGAUAGUUGAAGACAAGCGUGAUACAUAUUUAAACUAUAAAGAUCCACUUGAAUUCGCUCAAGAACAGCCUGAAAAUAUGCCAGGGUCGUCCUCAACCAGAAAUGCAACAACAUUUACCGUAACUCCUAGGCAGUAUGAUCCUGAUAAUUUUAGUAGAUUGACAGCUUCAAGAGGGGAGAUUCGCGAUAGACAAGUUCAUGAGGCAUUAAAGAACGACUUGGUUGAGCAUUUAUGGGCAAGGUCAAAGAGCUCGGUUGAAAAUUAG